AUGAUGGCAAAUACAAAUGGUAAUCAUACCAACCGAUCUUCUGGUGCUGCUGCUACUGCUGCUAUCACUGACCAACAACAACGACCGGGGUUCAUUGAAAAAUAUAAACCUGGCAAAUUAAUCUCCGUAGGUGCUCAUCAAGUGAAAAUCGAAGAUUAUUUAGCUGAAGGUGGGUUUGCUCAAAUCUAUAAAGUCAAAUUUAUCGAUUAUUUAAAUGAAUUUGAAAACAAAAAGGAUCAAUUGAAUUCUUUAAAGAGUGGCGACAUUGCAUGUUUGAAAAGAGUCUUGGUCAAUGACGAAAAUGGGUUGAAUGAAAUGAGAAAUGAAGUAGAAGUAAUGAAACUAUUACAAGGUUGCCCGAACAUAGUCCAAUAUUAUGAUUCCAAUGCUCUAAGACGUAACGACGGAUUAAAUGGGUAUGAGAUCUUAUUGUUGAUGGAAUUGUGUCCAAACAACUCGUUAUUGGAUUAUAUGAAUCAAAGAUUAAAGACUAAAUUAAAUGAAACCGAAAUUGUCAAGAUCAUGUACGAUACUACAUUGGCAGUCUCACAGAUGCAUUAUUUGGAUAAACCAUUGAUUCAUAAAGAUAUUAAAGUGGAAAAUAUCUUGGUGGAUUCCAACAAUAACUUUAAACUAUGUGAUUUUGGUUCAACAUCCCCAUGCUAUGAAAUUGUCACCUCUCAUCAUGAUAUUGCGGUAUUGACUCAAAACAUUUAUAUGCAUACUACUCCACAAUAUAGAUCUCCAGAAAUGAUAGAUCUUUACAGAUGCUUACCUAUCAAUGAAACAUCAGACAUUUGGGCCUUGGGUGUUUUCCUUUAUAAAUUAUUAUUCUUUAUUACACCUUUUGAAAGAACAGGCCAAUUCUCCAUAUUACAUGCUAAAUUCGAUAUACCAGUAAACAAUUAUCAUCCAAAAUUAAUAAAUUUGAUUAUUAUUAUGUUGAGUGAAAAUCUAAAUUUAAGACCAAACAUUUAUCAAGUUAUGUAUGAAAUUUGUUCCAUUACUAAUACUCCUUUACCUAUAGAGGACAAAUAUGGGAUGGGCCCUUACAAUUUCGAUAAAUAUGCAACUUUCCAAAAUAAUUUACAAAAUAUUCAAAUGAAAAUGUUUGAAUUACAAAAUAAUCAUUCUCAUAAUAUCUCAAUGACAACUGAAAAUCAAAACAUUUUGAUAGAUUUAUAUGCAAAAUUAUUCGAAAUCACUCCAAAAUUACCAACUGACAUUUCAACAUUACCAAAAAAUAUUAAUAAUUUACCAAAUAUUAACUUCAAUGAUUAUAGACAUAAUCUUCAAUUUCAAAACAAUAGCAAUAAUGCAAACACCAAUAACAAUUCAAACAACCAAGUUCCAAGCAAUAAUUUAUCAAAAGUCAAUUCCAUAAAUAUACCAUUCUCUUCUUCUUACCAAGAUUUGAGUAAUACUAUAAAUCCACAACAACAAUUACAAUUACACGAAGAUUUAUUAAAAUCAAGAAAUUCAUUACCAAACUCAUCAGAGCCAAGCACAGAAAAGAGAAAAUCAAUCCUAUCCGAUUUAUCAAGACAUUCUUCAAGUAAUCCUGAAUCUCCAAACGUUUUCUUAUUUCCAGAAACAAUGUUUGAUAAUCCCAUGAUUUUGAAUGAAAAUAUCCCAGACUCAACGACUUUUAAUACAACAACUACAAAUAACAAUCAACAUAUCAACACUAACAAUAAUAACAAUGCUGCAUACGAUACAUCUGUUGUUGAAACUUUCCAUGAUGCUCCAAUGUAUAAUACAAAUUUACCAGAUAAUUCAACAAAUAAAUCUCAACAUAGAAAGAAUAACAGUUUAAACGAUAGGGAUGAUUUCCAUGCUAUGACAACUGAUAUUUCAAGUGAUAACAAUUGUACUAAUCCAAAUUCUUAUCCCACGGAAAUUAAUAUGCCAGGUAAUAUUCAAUUACAACCUCAGCAGCCUCAAAACCAUAAUGUGUUCUCUACUUCACCAAAUAUCAAUAAGGCUAUCAUCAAUAAUGGUAACAAUAAUGAAUUCUUUUUAAACCCAACAAAUAAAACUAGAAGACAAAAAUCAACUAGUUCUUAUUCUUCAAGCGGUGCCAAAUCAACUUCAACUGCAAGUACUCCAGCUCAUGGCAAUAUUCAUAUGGAUGAUCCUCUGUCAAAUACUACUAGUUUGGUUGAAAAUAAAACAGCAAAUUCAGAUGGGAUUAAACAGCAUAAAUCAAAUAAUCCUUUCCCAAAGAUUUCAACAACUACUUUUCCCAACCCAACUGAAACUAGUCCGCCUGUUCUAAAGCCUAUUCCAAAUAAUAAUGAGGAUAUUAAUAAUGAUAAUUUAUAUAUUCAUGAUAUGAAUAAUUUCCAAGGUGGGAACAUUUAUUCAACCAAUAGUAACUCUGCUAAUGCAAACGCAAAUAAAAAUAAUCCAUUAAACCAACACUUGCAACCACUACCAAUGGAAAAACCAUCUAAAUCUAUACCUGAACAAACUAUAGCACCACUACCUAUAAACCCUCAAACUGCAUUAAAUUUCUCAAAUAAUCUAUUAACUAAUCCAACUGCUCAAAAUGUCCCCAUCCCAAUCCCACUUUCUAAGGGUACCACUCCUAUUCCUCCUUCUCAAGGUCCACAACAGACACAAUUGCCACAAGUCUUCCCUCAACAAAGAUUUUUCGAAUCACCUGAUGCUUACGUAAAGGCUCAACAGAAAUUCAAAUUCCAACAACAUCAACCUCCAUCUACUUUAUCUAGCUCAGUACCUACAACAACUCAACCAUCAGUUCCAAAAAUUCAAACUCCUUUACCAGGUGUAAAUCCAAUUGCUGUACAAGUGAGCUAUUCAAAUCCAAAUCCUAUAUUUACUGUUCCCAAGGCUCCUUUAUAUACUCCAAAUCUAUCUUCAAAUAAGGAAUUGAUUAAUGGUACCAAUACUAGUAAACCUAUUCCAUCUCAACCACAAUUAUUGGCAAAAAAUCAAACUCCUUCUCAUACCAUAAACCCUAAUAGAUCUUCUGUUCCACCACCAAGUAGUAUCCCACUUACUCAUCAAAUGAAAGAACAAAGUUUACCACCUCCUCCUCCAACUCCUCGUCAUAAUUCUAAUUAUUCUUCACAAAAUGCUAACUCUAAAAAUAACAAUAAUAAUAACAUGAGCAAUAUUUCUCCUAUUUUAGAAAAUGAAAAUCCUCAUAGAAGUCAUGGUGAUAUUGAACUAAGUAUUAAGGAAAUGGAUCUAAGUAACGAUGAACAGAGUGAUCAAGUUGAAAGUAGUACUGAUUUUUCACCUUCUGGUAGUAAAGAUAACGUAUUAUCAAGUGAAAGCAUAGAUUUAGAUUUAGAUAGACAAAAGGAAAAGACAAGAUUAUUUGCCAGGAAUAACCGUAUUGGAAUAUCGUCUGAUGAUAUAGUAGAUAAAAGACAAAGAGAUAGAUUUCCAAGAACAAUCGAUAGUAUGCAUAGUCGUGCCGAUAAUACAUCAAACAAUGUUAGUAACCCAUCAAGAAAAUCAUUGGAUCUACAAUACCAGGAAAUACAUUUCUCAAGUCCUAAUUUAAAUCAUGCAGGUUCAUCAAGUAACGCUAAUAAUACAGGCAUGUUUAAGUCGAAAAGAUCCAUCAAUAACUUACGUAGCGAAAUGAAAAGACAGUCUGAUUCAUCUAAAUCAAAGGGUAAAAUGACUUCUACCAUAACUAACAAUGGUAGAGAUUAUGAUAGAGAUUGGGAACGAGAAAGAGAAAGAGAGAGGGAAAGGGAAAGAGAUUGGGAUAGAGAGAGAGAUUUUAAUCAAUCCACACAUAAUGUUUACAGAUCUUCUCCAUAUGCUGCUAGCACUAACCCAAGCUCCAAUGCCAAUCCAUCAAAGUUCGAAGCCAAUAGACAUAAUCAGAAUUUAGAUUCAUAUAAAUAUACCAAGAAAAAUGGCAGUACAAGCAGCAUAACUGGUGGGACAGCAGCAGAUGUUAGGAAAUCGUUUGCUAGAGCACGACAAUCGUUAGAUCUGGAAAGAGUUCGUCGUGAUGCACUUAGAACGAGCGAAAAUCUAAAUGGUAAAAGAAAAUCAAUCUUUUCCUCAGUAUUUGGUGGUGGCAAUGAAAAAAGAUGA